UGUUCUAGAUCAUCCCGAUCAACCAGUUUCUCGUGUAACAGCUCCACAGAUCCAACAGGUUGACAUUUUAAGUUUGUUGUCAAAUGGGGCACAUGGGUCUUUGAGAAUAUCAUCGACCGGCUUUUGAACAAAUGCCGUCAAUGCAUCAGCUUUCCCCGCAACAGGUAUGUAGCAUCAUCAACGGUUGAACAUAACCGAGCUGGCGAAUUGCGAGAAGAUGAUGACUCGUUCUCAUUCAAUUUCAAGGCGUCCUACUCCGUAUGCUACACUAUGCUGUCCAGUCCCGAAAACAUUCCCGCCCGCCGGCUCAGGCCCAGGAUCUCUAGCUUCGGUCAUAGCGAAAGCCAGUGACAACCACGGAAUGAAGAAUUUUCAGCUUCAAAGGGAAACCGAACUUUAUAGAUCCAGCUUUGAUAGGCUGUUUAUCCCCGUUUCGCCUACCAAGGUCAUUUGUCUCUGACCAAAUUGAAUUUGAUGGACAGCAAUUUGACCUUAUUUCCAAAGGUUAACAAUCUACAGGGCUCACUGCAGGCAGCUAUUGAGUUAAAAGUCACAGGCUCUUGACUCAUGUAAACUGUACACGCCCCCGACUUUACAAUAUGUUCUGAUAUCGGCAACCAAUCAAUGCCAGUACAGCUCUCAACCUCGUGCAUCUGCUUCAAUGUUGAGCUUCACGACAUUAGCAAUUUUGAAGAGCCAACAACUCAACAACGUCACCCUGUCUAUUUUCAAAUUUUCAAUAAUACAGAUUUUGGAUAAUCGUGGGAGCGUUCCACAACAGGCCCGUAACUUAGGUAAAGUGUACCAAAUGGCAACACCACUGCAUUCAAGGCCUCCAUCUCCGAGCCACAAGCCCCCACGGUGAGCAAACCACAGCUCGAACCUGACUUCAGACAAUUUAAGAUUUGACGCCGGUUUGCCACCAGCUUCAACCAGUGAACCCAAAAACUCAUCACAGACCACCAUCCCGAAAAGAGUGGGAUGCCAAGCCUCGGACCGAUGAAUUGGUCUUUUUAACAGCAUUUUUAGAAUGCAAGUCCCCUGUGCCUGAGGAGGAGCUCAUAAGGCUUCUACUGCAGGGAGUUGUCGUAGGGCCGACUUCAACGGCAGCCCGAUAAUGUUCGGUCUCUCAUGAUCUGUGCGGGCAGAACUCGGAACCAACAGACUACGUACCACCCAGUUGGAGGCUUGAAUUGCAGUUCUGGGAUUUUGCCUCGAUAGAUAUUAGGGCACAGGAACUACGCAGAAACGUGCACUGAAUCUUCUGAUCUAGCAUAACCUUACAUACAACCCUACUACGUGGUUCUCAUCCGUAGAACAGUUUGUCCUUUUCUUGGACUGCGCUCAUCAACUCUGUGAUACCUGAUGCGUCUCAGGCCCAGUACAAAAAGCAAAACGUCUACGUAUCACUUCCCCAGUUUGCACGACCAGAUCGUCCCGUCCCCUGAUGCAAGAUCCCAGCAUAUCGAGCUACAAUCUAUGAUGACUGACUAGUGGCAUCUAGCAAAGCAUUCGCGAUUCAGGACACGGUUAACGUUUUCCCAGAUUACGCAUGAAAUCAUGACUGCUUAUCUUGUAAUAUACUUAUUCAACUCUUCUCAUCGGGCGUAAAGCAUGGCUAUGGCGCUCUGUCCGAAACGGGAUGAUAAUAAAAGGGGAACGGGCUGAAACAGGGAUGCAUUUCGGCUCAUGUUCAAAACCCGAGGACAUGGAUGACAGGGCAGCGCACGUCACUCCUUAGUGUUGGAAAUGCUGUAGUACCAACCACCAACUUGAAGUUGGCCGUGUUAUGCACGACAGAAACUGCAUGAGCGCUAACAGGUUCUGUGGUUAUCGAAGUGUUCGAGAACGCUCCAAGGGACAGCAUCGGUUCUUCCGAUGGCAGGUUUUAUGGCACUUGAAUAUCCGCCGCGUAAACGCCGCGUACCUGAGCCACUCCGCUUUCACUUCAAACUUAUGCUGAUAGGGGCCGUAUUCCGAAAUCUGACCCUGUCCGUCGGUAUUAGCUCGACCUUUUUAGAUGGGCGCCUCCGGCCGAAAUGCCUUUUACGCUCGAUAUAUCCGACCUUUGAGCCGUUUCCUCAGAAUUUGUACAGGGAAUGAACAUGUUUGCGACUCACAUGCUAGUAAAAGGCUAGCUUUGCUGGGUCUUCGGCAGUUGAUUUCGCUGCAAUACCUGGCUCACCAAAGACCAAGACACUAUUGUUUGACACUGAACCCGUGCACACCAACGAUGUUACUCUAUCCAUGGCGCCUUCCAUGUCAACAGAAAAAUCUCUGUUCACGAUUUAUUCCUUCUUUUGGAAUUCCUUCUCUUUCGGCCGGACCGGGUGCGAAGCCACGCCUAGCAAACGUUGCGUGUACUGUAUCUCCGACAGUUCAACGUUGCUUGCUGACGGGAGAAAAAAAAAAUAGUCAAAACUUUCAGGGUGUCAUGAUCGACAUCGACUCCCGCGGGUACAACAUCCGUCGCAUUUCCACAAGGGGAGAGCAAAAUUUUGAUAUGAUUAGAAAUUCUCGACAUGGUACAUCCAUGUAUUGACAACAACUAUCAACCCCUGAAUGUUAACUCCGUUUGGGCACAGAAUCAGUUGACUAUAUCGUGAGUGUUUUGAUAUACUGGCCUAAUGUGAAUACAAGUUAUAGAUAUAUAUAGCUAGUGGAGGAAGCUCGGUCAGUGGCAAUUCCGAAGCACUUACUCUGUAACAGUUCUAGUUUCCAUAUACAUCCGAAGCUAUC